AUGAACUUCCCAAGAGCUGCGCAUCCUCGCUUCACUCCUCAGCCCGGCCUCCGAAGCUCGGACGGAGGUGAGCUCGACGUCCUGGGAGAGGAGGAGGACGAGGACGCGGAGGCGAUCCGGAAGCCUGCCCAGCAGCCGGGGCGGGGAGCGGGCGCGCUUCCCAGCCAGUGCGCGGAGGGCGGCGGCCGCGGGCUCCCCGCGCCACCGAGGAGUGCGGCAACCCCGGCCGACGCCCCGCACGCCAAGCCCCCCUAUUCGUACAUCGCGCUCAUCACCAUGGCCAUCCUGCAGAGCCCGCACCGGCGCCUCACGCUCAGCGGCAUCUGCGCCUUCAUCAGCGGCCGCUUCCCCUAUUACCGCCGCAAGUUCCCCGCCUGGCAGAACAGCAUCCGCCACAACCUGUCGCUCAACGACUGCUUCGUCAAGAUUCCCCGCGAGCCGGGCCACCCGGGCAAGGGCAACUACUGGAGCCUGGACCCCGCCUCCAGGGACAUGUUCGACAACGGCAGCUUCCUCCGCCGCAGAAAGCGCUUCAAGCGCCUCCAUCCCCCGGGAGGCCACGCGCAUCGCCCGUUCCCCGGGCCCUGCGCGCCCGCCGCCGCCCUGCACGGGCCCCAGCCGGGCCUCCUGCUUCGCGCCCCCGCCCAGCCGCAGCCGGUCCCCGGGACCUACGCCUCCUCGGCGCUGCUGCAGCCGCACCCUUUACGCUACCUGCUGCUCUCCAGCCCGGCCUACGCCGCCGAAGCGCCCCGAAAAGCUGAAGGUGCGGCCCUGGAGGGCUCGGGCGCGCUGCCCGGCUCUGCGGCUUGGGAAGAGGAGCCGGGCCCCGCAUCUCGGCUGGGAGGCACAGGCACCUCUUUCAGCAUCGAUAGCAUCAUGCACGGGGUCAGCAGAGGGGCGACCGGAGCCGCACAGAGUCUGCCCCCGGCCUCUUGGGGCUGCUGCCACCUGCUACCGCACCCUUCGGGUCUGUGGCGCCCCCAGGCCGCCGCCCCUGUAUUGCACGUCCCCGCCGCAGACGCCCCGACGUUGCCACCGCAGCUCUCUCCCAGCAAAGGCUCGCUGCUGAGCCGGCACCUGUCUGCGGUGGCCGCGCUGCUGAGCUACCAGCCGGCCGCAGAGGCCUCCAGGCUGUCCACGCUGCCCACCCUUCGGGCAGAGAGGGCACCUCGCUCACAUUUUGAGUAG